AUGGCCUUUUCCUUCAUCUCGGCUACUACAGUCAUCCCCUUCUUCCUCAUGACAGCUUUAUUAAUGGUGAGCCCUUUUGCCACGCCGGUCGCUGCUCGCGACAGUUUAAAAUCUGGGCAAUGGCUAAAAUCGGGAGAAUCUUUGGAGAAGGUCGGCUCAUUCACGAUGAUGCAAAAUUGUACCGUCGUCCUCAGCGAUUCCAAUAAGAAAAUUAUUUGGUGGGCAACGGCCAAAGAUAUGGAUUUCGGCUGCAACCUGAAGCUGCAACAUGAUGGCGACCUCGUCAUGUACAAUAGUAAUGGUGCUUUGUGGUCCAGUCAAAGCAAUCGAAAAGCUUGGAAAAUCUAUUACCUCAUCCUCCGGGAAGAUCACAAUGUGGUCAUAAACGACGGUGACAACAGCACUAUUUGGGAAGCCGACACCUCAUCAAGCCCUCAACACAGAUAUCCACAUUAUUGUCAUGUCAAAAGAAUUAUAUCACAGCUCAUGUGA